CUGCAGCUUGGGGACUCCUCGCUCUGCCCGGGCUCGGCGCCCGUGUCCCCCCACCUCCGUCCGCCCGGCGGCGCCCUGCCCUGCCUUGCCUCCCCUGCCGCAGGAGCAAUGGAUCCCCCCAGCUACCUGGAAGAGGACUAUUCCAGCCUGGAUGGGCUGGACGAUGACGUGUUUCACUCUGACUUUGGACUCACAGGUCAGCCUGGUGAGAUGACCCCUCCUGGCAUUUUCACACAGAACCAAUCCUACAGCUGUCUCCUGGGGAGGUUUCAACUAUUCCCACUCACACACUGCUGUGGUCCAGGUAUCAGGCAUGCUGAGCAGCAAGACAAGGCAACCCAAACACUCAGUCCAUCCUCUUCCACUCAGGAUGUCAUGUUGCCAUGUGGAGUCACUGAAGAGCCCCAGAGACUCUUCUAUGGGAAUGCUGGGUACCGUUUACAUGUCCCCCCAGUUGGCUUUGCAUUGAAUCCGCACCUCCAAGAGGAGCCUCGGGAAGGUCAACGGGAAGCACGUACUGAGGUUCAGAUUGCACGGAAGUUACAGUGCAUUGCAGACCAGUUCCACAGGCUCCACAUACAGAGGCAUCAGCAGAACAGAAAUCAAGUGUGGUGGCAGAUCCUUCUCUUCCUACAUAACUUGGCCUUAAAUGUGGAGGCGAACAGGAACAACGUAGGUCAGAGGUGAGACUCCUCCACCUGUUCCAGGUCACAUCCAGUCUGCAGGGAGCACUGAACAAACACUGGUCUGGGGGAGAGAGACAUGCACACCGCCGGCCGGAUGUGAGGACUCUGUCAAACUUUUACUCAUCUUCUCAAGCUUUUUUUUUUUUUUUCCCCCCCCCCCCCCCAAGGACUCUUCUUUACUGCUUCUUGCCUAAUGAGGUUGGGAGCUCUUGUCCAACACUGUUGAAGGAAAGUCUUAGAAUUUGGAUGUGUUUGGUAAAGCUUGCUGUUGAUUCCCCAAAUCAGUAACCUCUAUGCAAGUGAGGCAGGUAGUAGAUGAACAAGUUCCUCUGCUCUGUGUUGUUGGGGUUUUUUUU